AUGGCCGCAGCCGUGCCUCCCAUGUACACAAACACUCCGCUGGUGGUGAUAGCGACGCCCCAGUUUGAGACAGGCGAGACGGAUCCCUUUACAGUCGCGGCCUCCCACAUGGCCCUGAGCCACAACGCGUUUAUCCGCGGCUUCAACAGCAUCUACCAGCGGGCACCUCGCGUGCCCCCCGCCAUGAAGAACGACUUUGUUGGCUACUGUAUUGCCUGGCAUGCAUGUGUUGCGGCGCACCACCGCUUUGAGGAGACGGAGCUGUUCCCUAACCUGGACAAGGCAGCUAGUCAGCACGGUCUAUGGGGCGCUGCCUUUCACGGCGGUAUGGGCCGGUUCAAGGGCUACCUGUUAGAGGAAGGCGCCGGGUUUUCGGGCACCGGGCUCAUGGCCAUCAUGAACUCGUUCAAGGAGCAGCUACACUCACACCUGAAGGCAGAGCCGCCCGCCAUCGUGGCGCUUGCCAAACACAGCACCGCUGAGAACGGAGGGCGUUGGAGUAAUCAAGGUUCCAAGUUGGAAUAUCAUGUUUCGCAUGGUAGUGUCCAGCGAGAGCGCGUACGACAAGAACGGAGAGACCACCGCCAAUUUUCUUAA